ACGCCAUGGUGAACCUCCGCUCCCAAAAGCGCCUCGCCGCUUCGGUCGCAAGCGUGGGCAAGCGCAAAAUCUGGCUCGACCCCAGCGAGCAGGCCGAGAUCGGCAACGCCAACUCCCGCACGCACGUCAAGAAACUCAUCAAGGACGGCCGCAUCAUCAUCAAGCCCACCACCGUCCACUCGCGCGCCCGCACGCGCGACCUCCUCGCCGCGAAGCGCAAGGGUCGUCACACCGGUCCCGGUAAGAGACAGGGUACUGCUGAGGCCCGGAUGCCCAGCAAGGUCGUGUGGAUGCGGAGACAGCGGGUCCUGCGUCGGUUGUUGAGGAAGUACAGGGAGGCGGGCAAGAUCGAUAAGCACCUGUACCACUCGCUGUACCAGAAGUCGAAGGGUAACGUCUUCAAGAACAAGCGUGUGCUCAUGGAGUACAUUCACAAGGCCAAGGCCGAGAAGACUCGUACAAAAGUUCUCACCGACCAGAUGGAGGCCCGCCGCGUCAAGAACAAGGCUGCUCGCGAGCGCCGGGCACAGCGUGUGUUGGAGAAGAGGCAGGCGAUUCUUGCUGUGGAGCACGAUGCCCCUGUCCAAGAGUAAACGCUAUCAUCCCCUUCCCACCGCUGCCGCCUACGCCCUGGCACGCCAUUCUGUAUCCUAUGCCAUGCAUACUCUCUAUCCAUACGCCAGGCCCAUGCUUGCAUGUCAUCUCUUUGGUCAUGAUCCGAUGUUUCGCCCUUGUUAAAUGGAACAAGACCUAAUCAGCUGUGAAGGCAUGGCAUGCUCCGGAAUGUCUCAUGCACUAGUGCCGUCUUGUUGCCGCAGAUUGAGACCUGAUUCAUGAUUGUGAAAUGUGUGGGCGUUGAGGGCACUCAUCGGUGCGGAUCCAGCCUCUGAGCAUACUGAA